CAAACAGGUGACACAAAAGCUCAAGGAAAAGAUAAAGGUUUGGGGAUCUGAGUCUCCGUAGCAGCAUCACAGCAUGGAAGAAAAUAUGAGAAUUGUGGUUUUGGGAAAGACUGGAGCUGGGAAAAGCAGUGUUUUAAACACCUUGUCUGGAGAGAAUGCAUUUAAAAUAAAUCAUACUGCCAAAUCUGGAACCAGAAUAUGUAAGGCAGAGUUAAAAACAGUCGAUGGGAAAAAUUUGCUUCUAGUCGAUACUCCCGGUUGUUUCGACACUGACAGAUCUGAAGAAGACAUGAAGGCUGAGAUAGUAAGCUGCAUCACUGAGUGUGCUCCUGGUCCUCAUGUGUUUAUCAUCGUGCUAAAAGUGGAGAAAUUCACAGAACAUGAGAACCAAGUCAUAAAGAAGUUAACCGACUACUUCUCAGAUGAAGCUCUCAGGUUUGCCACAGUGCUGUUCACUCAUGGAGACCAACUGGGAGAGGAAAAACAUAUUGAUCAGUUUGUUAAUGAAAGUGAAGAGCUGAGAAACCUGGUAAAGAGGUGUGGGAACAGAUGCAACGUCCUUGAUAACAAAUACUGGAAGGGAACCCAGGACGAAUACAGGAGCAACUCUGUCCAGGUGAAAGAGCUUCUGAGCACCAUGAACAACAUUUUUGAGGCAAACAAUGGAGGUUAUUAUACCACAGAGAUGCUGCAGAUGGCCAACAGAAAUAUUAACGAUGAGAAAGACAGUUUAAGACAAGCGUUUCCGAAUCUGUCCCCUGCUGAGGUUACGCAAAGGGCUAAAAGUGUUGUCACUGAAAACAUCUUGUUAAAGGUGACAGGGAUUUCAGGAGGGGCACUUUUAGGUGCAUUUCUUGGUGGUGGAAUAAAAUUAAUGAGAGAAAGAGAAACAACCGUGCCAAUAAUACUUGGAAUAGCAUUAGGGACAGCAGUGGGGAUAGCUCUGGGAGCAGAGACCACAGGUCCAGGUGGCACAGCAACAUCUACAGCUCAGAUGACUGGAGAACUCCAGGAUUUAGGUUCAAGUGACAAUGAAGCUGACCAAGCUGAACCACAGAAGAAAUAA